AUGCCUCCUGGCAAAGGACAGAUGACCCCGCUGCUGCCCACCCCAAAAGUCUCCAUGCCUACCUCGCAGGGCACCCGUGUCCCCACCGUGGGGGUCUGUGCUCAGCCCCUGGAAGGUGCCAGCUCACCGCAGCAUCGCAACAAGAAGAAAAGUCGCAAGCACCAGCGGUUCAUGGAGCGCCGAGCGCUGCUGGAGCAGAAGGGGUUGCUAGGCCUCCAUCGGCAUCCGGGCAGCCAGGCCCCCAUGGUGGAGCUGGAGGCAUGCAACACGCUCACCAGGGCAGAUGACACCACAGCACCGCACUGUGGGAAGGUCCCCAUGUCCAAAAAGGUUGUCCCCCCAUCCCUGUCCCCAUCUGCCUCUCCGGACAGCAUAGCCAGGCAUCACUCCAUGCUGCUGUCCCAAGGGAGUGGCAGCUACAAGGGGGUACAGACGUCCUCCUCUCUCCUGCACCCUGGCAAGUACGUUGCCAUUGACUGCGAGAUGGUGGGUACCGGUCCUCAGGGGAGGCUGAGCGAGCUGGCACGGUGCUCUGUGGUGAACUACGAGGGGGACGUCAUCUAUGACAAGUAUGUCCAGCCCGAGCUCCCCAUUGUGGACUACCGGACACGCUGGAGUGGCAUCACCAAGCAGCACAUGAAGAGAGCAAUUCCCUUCAAGGCUGCCCAGGCAGAGAUCCUGAAGAUCUUGAAAGACAAGAUUGUGGUAGGACACGCCAUCCACAACGACUUCCAAGCCCUAAAGUACUUUCACCCGAAAGACAGGACCCGAGACACCAGCCGGAUCCCCAUGCUGAACCAGAAGGCAGGGCUGCCCAGCAAGGCCAGUGUCUCACUAAAGAGCUUGGCCAGCCACCUGCUCCAUAAAAAGAUACAGGUUGGCUGCAAAGGGCACUCAUCAGUGGAGGAUGCUCAGACGGCCAUGGAGCUGUACCGACUGGUGGAGGUGCAGUGGGAGACAGAGCUGGCCCUCAGCUUACCCCCGCGGCCCCCCAGCCCCAUCACAGACCCCAGCACAGACAGCAGCCAGUACAUGGAUGACCGGUACUGGCCCACGGACCUGAUGGCAAGUGGCCUGUGA